UCGGAGUAUUUAGCUGGGCUGCAGAUGCCUCCGUAUCUAGUUUAGUGAUCAGGUGACUGGGCGGAGUUGCCAGCCAUGACAUGAGCAAAGCUCACUGUUGAUAACGAGCUUUGAUUAACAAAUCUUAUACUUGGCACCGUAUCGAGAUGCUUACUGCUGAGAUUGUAACUGUCUCUUUCGUUCAAUAUUCAAUAUUGCUCGCUUCAGCAUGAAAUUGUUGACCUUCGUUCCGAGUGGAAAUGGUUUAUAUAAGUGGCGUUCAUGCUGAGAAAUGGUCUCAACUACAUCAACACUGGUGGCAAUUGGCUCUCGUUUUGCUUUGUUUUGUAUCCAUACUACUGGGAUUUGGAGUACUUGCGUAUAAAAUCGUAAAGAAUUUAUACAUAUUUUCCACGUUGAAGGGACUUGAAUCUCACAAACUUCAAGCGAGAGUGUCAAACCAUCUUCAAAAAUAUGCUGCUUCAGGCUCUAUAAAAAGUAGUCAAAAGCGCGUUUAUGUGCCGCCCAAAUCUCUGAGCGUUUACUUAGGCUCAUUCAGUAAUCCGGUUUCCUUGGCUCAACUUACGUUGCUUUCGAGAUCGGACACGAUAAUCUUAGAUCCACAGCAGCAGAAUGUAACAGUUGCUUUUAUAGCCCUGAAGGAGCAGCUACACACGCCUAGAGACAUAAUUGGUCGACUCGACCUAGGACCAUCGCGCAACUGGCCCACGGGACUGACAGGCUUCGAGACUGAUCAAUUGUUUUGUCUUGAUCGAUGUGUAAGAUUUAUUCUCAAAUGGUAUAGAGAUCCGAAAGGAGCCAGUAAUUGCUUCACUGGUGUGCUUCUUGCUGGCUGGGAGGUAUUUUCUCGGCCAGUCCUCCACGAAUUAUCUGAUGUGAUUGGGACUUUCGGCUUGACUGUAUAUUUAGAAAUAUCAGAGCCCAACUUUCUGGAAGAACCGACCAUUCUUGCGACGGACUCGAUAGCGGGACUCGUCAUUCGUAAUGGACUUAUUUUUGCCAAUGGAGAGAGGCAGGAUUGCUUCAAGAUGGAUUCUUUGAGCACGACGGUUAAGGCAUUCGUUUCGCAAGCAUGUCUACGAGAUUUUAAUGUGUUUCUGUGGGAGACAUACGACGAUAAUGCAAGCCCGUCGAAUGCAGUUCUACAACGCACCUUUGCCUGGUGCAAUUUCUACAGCGUGGUACCAUGGAUUGGUUGCCGUACUUCUCUUAUGGAUCUAUCCACGGAUCCGGUUUUGUAUGAACCAAUGAAGGCCUUUACCUGGCUGAAAGAUCCAGAAGUUGUAAAACUUCAAGAUGCUUGGAAGAAUAGAAACGUGGUUCAGACUUCAGGCCACUAUAACUUUGACUCGAAGCGGCUCAAUGAAAUCAUCCCGAGUCUCGAGACGGCAAUGAAUGAGUGCUCUUGCAAUCAUCCUCUAGCAAAAGGAAAAUCAGCUGUCCACUUCGCUAUACCUAAGGAUGCAAACUGGUUUACCAGUAACAUCUCAACAGGAGAUGCGAUCGGAGUUUCCAGCACAGGCGAAGGUUAUGACGCCCUUGGGUGCUUCCCACUUGGAGUAGAGGUGUCAGCUGAAGACUUUCGAGACGUUGUCUCGGUACAGAAUCACUUGCAGAGUCUUGGAGUUUUAGAUAUGGUUUCCUCCUUGGACUUACACAAAUUGGGUUCUGUAUUCGCGAACUUCUACUCUGCAAAUAGACUUUCCAGCUCAACACAGCCUGCAUCGUCAUUGGUUCGGGAAGCAGUCCUGGACCUUGCAACGAUUCUUGCAUCCUCAACUCACGACGAUAUUGGAGAAAUUCGAUUGUCCUUAGGGCUCCAAUCUGGCUUCAGUAGGACGGCUAAACGAUAUUUCUGGGCGGUAUACCAUGUCCAUCCCUCUCGCACUCUUGUGGACAUUUAUAUUUCCAAGGAUGUUGUCGAUCUACCAGCUGCUCUAUUGCACACCUUCCUGUCAUCUCGAGGCAUCAGUCGACGCGAAUGCUUGGCGGCCGAAACUGCAUUUGCAGUAUGGAACCACAGUGCCCAUCCAACACACGAAAUCUCUCCACGCCUUGCUCAAGAUCUCCGAGCUCUCACCCCCGAAGACGCUCUUGCUUUACUACAGCGGCUGUCUUUCAAUCCGAGUCACAAGAUUGACCCUCUCAUAAACACAAUGAAGUCCAUGAUCACGAAAAGUCUGUUGGACAUUCCUACUUGGAAUCAGCUCCAGACUAUUAGCUCAGUAAAGUACUUGAACGGAGACAUAACAAUUGGAGAAUUGCUCAGAUCCAGGCUCGCAUGGCACUGCCAAGCCAAGAAUCCGCAUCCAAAUCUUGGGGUCGCGAUUGCACUGUCUAUGGAGAUCCAAGAGGCCCUUGUGCAAGCGCUGAGACACAGAGACCGUAACAACAUUCAGACGAUUGUCGAAGCAGUGGGAAACAUGCUUGAAUUUUCGUCAACAAGCGCAGUCGGAGGCCUCCUCGCGCUAGCAUUUUUUUGCACAAUGAAGAAGCUUGCCUUCGAAGAAGUCUAUUUUGAAGUCACUGACAGAAACCCUUUGUUCAACGAUCAAGCGGACCAGUCUGCUGCCUUUGCAGAGCUCUUUGCUCUAGGAUCUAGGUGUGAAUCCUACUUCGACGUCACUCCAAGUCAGUUUGGAGAACUUCUAUCCACAAAAUAUCGAUCUCAUUACAGUACACAUCAACCACCAAUGUUCCGAGAGACGCAAAUCGCCCUUAGUUCUGCUUAUGCUGAAGCACAGAUCGAUAUUGAUCUAAACUACCGACCGACUGGAAUGCCUGCAUACAAACGCUUCACGUUCCUAAAUGUUUUCGCCAUUCCCGCUCUGAUCGACAUACUAUUGUUAACAACUACGGGCCAUGGACUCUAUCUGAGUGGAACCAACGGGAGAGGCUACUUCUUCAUGACGCAAGUGGAGCAGCACAGUGCUACCACCGCGCUUAUGAUUUCUCUUCUAUUAUCCGGAGCUAUUGGCACCUGGAUCACUUGCGGUGGGAUAUACUACUUGGCUUCAAUGGCCUUUUCUGCAAUGAACUACUUUGUGUUGACUCGUCUUAUCGGCGGCUUUGCCUUCACUCUCAUUGUUGGACUCUUUGGUUUCAUCGUAUUCGCAUCUACUACAUCAGUCUACGCUGGAUUGGUCUUUUUUCUAUACCUGGUGGUACUGACAUCUUACCUUUCCCUUCUUGCGGCCCUUGCAAAUUACCAGUUUCCGGGAUCGUCCUUCCACUCGGGUCGAGCAACCAUUAUCUUUUGCGUGCCGAUACUCUUCGUUUCUCCUAUCACGACCAUAUUCGUUCCCAACCACGACAUCACCAUCUAUUUAAGUGUUCUUUACUCCUUCGUCAGCCUACUCAUGCUAGGCGUCAUGCGAGUAGGGGCCAAUUGGGUUACUUGGUUUCAAGAUAUCGUUCUUUUGACUGAUGAAGAACUUAGAUCUUGGUACAUGGAUACGCAAGAUUCCAGCGAAGCACAGCGUCUCCAAGAGAUGCCAGAUCCUGCAGCACUGAAGUUAGCCCGCGAAAAGUUGUUACAAGUUGUUCUCGCGGAGCGUAAAAGACUGUUCUUUCUGCCGAAUACAAAAGAUCUCCUCGUCCGGAAGCUGGCGCAGUCAUUCGAUGCCACAGAAUUUCUUAUGAGCUGGCAUUCUCGAUCUACUGGUAGCCCACGGCCCAUGAUCUUCACUUCAUCAUGGAACCUUCAAACGAAGGUAGCUUUGUCAUCUUUGCAAAAGUCUCAGCUUGGAAUCCGUUUCCAUAAUGGUUUCUUGCAUUGGCGCCAAGCGGGCGACGAGAUCGGCUGCACUAUUUUAUAUUUUAUCGUGGCUCUGCUAGAUAAAUGGAUUUCGCUGAUUGAUGGUGGCGAUAAUGUAGGUCUAGGAAACGCAGAUGUGUCUAUGACAAUGCCAGUUGGCUUCAGCCUAGCUUAUUACCUUAUUGGCGCGGUUCUCCUCGACUACAAUGCUCAAGCUCUACACGAAGCCGCUUCGAGAAAGACUGAAGAGCCGAUUCAUACUGAUGAAGACAUUCCUCGUGCGGUUCAAGUCAAGUCAGAUAAUCGAAGGACGGUCUACUGGAGAAUCCUUGCUAGUAAUCUCGUCUGGCACAUAUGGGCUCUAGCUGUUACUACCGUCCUCCUUUGGCUUUUUGAUGACAGCGACAGGGAUACUGGAACGAUCGUGUAUGUCUCAUAUGUUUUGGCAUAUACUGGUCUUUUGUGGUAUCAGUAUACCAAGGUCUUCUCAGGUCCCCGAGCGUUGAAACCACUUCUAAUAGGAGCCACUGCUGGUCUUAUCAUUGGAUUCGCACUUGAUCAUCAUUUCCCGAAAUGGGUGUAUUCAGAUAUCAUUGGGCUUGGCACAGCGACCUGGACCGCAGCAGUUUUGUCUUUGUGGGCUGGUAGGAUAGUUGGACCUAGCGAAGAUGUCCCACCACCUAUAACUUCCCAACAAGGAACCUAUCAUGCAUAUUCUGGACCUGGAUCAGAUCAAGCUUGGUCUCAAGCCGAACUGCAAAGCCUAUAUGAGCAGCUUUCCGAACUUUCCGAGAAAGAGCGGUUGAAAGUCGAACCCCAAUCGGAGUUUGGAAGACAAGUCAAUCUGAUCCUUGCCCAGUGCAGGCAAACAGAGCUUUCCGACUUGGCAAAACGCGCAUUUCCAGACGCAGAGACACUAAUAAAUACGAGUGGUAAGCUCUUUAAUGAGAAAGUCUUGAGAGUCGCUCUUGUAUCGAUCGAUCACUUUUCAGAACAGGGUCGUACGAUGAGAGCUAUCAGUUCGCGUGAACAAGAUGGAUCCAUGGUGAUCUUUGCUGCUUGUGAGGCGAAGCGUAUCACCCAGACCCAAAAUCCAAUGGAAAGCUUCUACUGGGAUGUCGCUGAACUAAUAAUUCAGGUCGCAGCAGAAAAACUCUUUGGGUACUCUACUGACGAUGCACUCCUGGCAAGGAUACUUUGGCUGAGCAACAACGGACUUUGGAGUGAUGCUUCAGGACCAGCUGUCCUCGAGACUCAUUUUCGAGCCCACACACUUGAAAAUAUCUCAACCCUUUCCAAACACUUGCAGAAACAAUUACUACGAGGUUUAUGUUUUGGCAUUGAUGUUGAUACUGAGUUUGAAGAGUUACCAGAAGACAUUCGUCAGCAUAUCGUCAAUAGGUGUCUGGGAAUUCCCGAUCGACUCACUGAAGAACAGAAAGAAGCUAUGAACAGUAAAGUCAAUCGCACGCCUGGUUUGGAUUUCGAUAAAUAUGUCGCAAGACGAGAUUUCGCAGCCUUUUCAUAUGCACGAAUGAUUGACCUCGUAAAGGAAAGGACUAUUGGUGACAGCUCGAAGCCGCUUGGUCGAAGAUCAGAGGGACAAUCUCAGAUCGUCCUUGAGCCACCUUCUCCUGGAGCUACGAUCAAAUUUAUUGAUCUACUUGCUCGAGCUCCACCUCCCAAAUACUCAAUCUAUGAUCACAUCGUGGACUAUUCGGGGGCUGCGUACCAUUAUGUUGGGAAAGUUUGCAAGUACUUCUCUAUUGCCCUUGUCGCAGACCCGGAGUAUCAGAGAGAGCUUGAUUGCGCUUUUCCUCAUGGGAAGAAUCCAGCGAACCUCUUGGCUCGGUUCGUAGUCCUGGCAAUGUGGUUAUGGGUUAAGUUAUUUCAGAGGAUGUUUCUGCCCGUGUUUCUGUUUUCUCGUCGCAAGAGUAUUACCACUAUUUGGAAGAACAUCAGAGGCAUGGAAGUAUCGAUAAUCCGACGGAGGGUCUUGGUUCGAAGCGUUAAUGGAGUCUCAACAGGUUUCAUUCACUCGAAUGGCGACCGGACAUUUCAAGUACGACAAUUUCGUGGCGAUCUCUUGUCCGAACCUACAAACGACAUUGAUCUAAUUGCUAUCAACACCUACACAAAAGGCAUGCGUUUGGUCAACAGAGUUGAAACAGAUCAUGGCAAGAUCAUAAAUGAGUAUGCGUACGCAUACGUGGACGUCGGAUUACAGACAAACAAGCAAUUGUCAAAGUCAAACUUCUCUAUGGUGCCUGUCAGCAGGAAAUGCACCGCAGGUCGGAAUGAGUUUCACGACAUCUCCUACACGAAGAAGGGCCAAAUAGAUUCAGGCUCAUACACCAAAGACGGCAACUUGAUCCGAUUCAAAUAUCAUUACCAACAGUCAGACAAAUAUAUAGGUGGUCUUCUUCGAGCAGAAUUUGUUUUACCUCACUUGAGCUGCAUGGUCUCAUGGUGUGCCCCACCAAGAAAAGCCGCAGAGCGGCUAGAUACCUGGAUUCCUCAUUCACAGGUGAUCGAAGCUACUUUCGUGGUAGGUCCUGAUGUCUGGGAAAGCAGGUUUAUCUACGAUCACAAGUUUGAUCACCCGAACAUACUUACCACGCUAAAUGGAAGACAAAAGGUCGAUACUCCCGACUUUAUCUUACACGAUCAUCUAGAUCUCCUUAAGAAACCGGAACAUGUCUUGUUCCUUGAUGACAACCCCUUAUUUGGCUUCAAAUCAAUCUCCUCGAAUCCCAUCGCAAAGCUAUUCCGAACAAAUACUCGCCGAUACCCGAUAUCAACGUCACAAUCACGCUCCUUGUUAUGGAAAACGUGGAAAGACAAUCCGAAAUUUGAUGGAGUGAUCGUCCGGUGGCUAGAUGAGCGUCUUCUACGACGAGAACCAAUCCUCAAACCGUACUGGCGAAAUCGCGACUUUUGCAAUUUGCAGGCCGCAGAAGCGUACUUGGACAGUCAUCGAGAUACAGUCACGGCAACUGUGGAUCUCGACAACAGCAUAUCCGGGUGGACUCCUCUUGCAAUCAAAUUAAAGGACUUGUACAGCUUUGGCUCAGGUGGCGAUGCAUGCAGCAACACGCGAUCAAAAGCUGUUGCAGAGGACGAAGACGGAAAAGCCUUACAUGUGAUUGCUAUAGAUACUGGAACAUGGCCUAAUGAGGGAGGAGGAGUGUCGGCUUGCAGAAGCGAUGUUAUCAACAAUCUCCGAACAAUCAAGUGGCAUAUGGUAGCAGAGUCAGCAAAUGACUUUGGUCUCCCAAAACGCCAAAUUGAGCGAAAUGUGCACUCACUGAAGGUCGUCCCUCUGUGGGGCCUGGAUCUUCUGACGCCAACGCAUGGCCUCUUCAGUAAUCGACUAGAGUCCGAGAUAGAUCAUGUAGCAACUCAUAUCACCCGCCUGGACAUUCAACGCACGUUCAUACCAAUUCUGGCUGCUCUGGUGCGUGGUGCGCGAGCUCUCGAAUUUACAAUGAGAGACGCCAAACAAGUUACCAGAGCACUUGUCAAUUUGAAUGCAUACUUCAAGGACUCGAAGAACUGGACUGCUGUCUGGAAAAGUGAUGUAGUGAAGUCGGCCUGGCGCGAGCUCUGGCUUUCAAAGUCAACCGCCAAUGUCCGUCCAUCAUCUCAAUGGCUUAAGACAGAGCAUCCCACACUUGGACAGCUUGACCAGGGUCUUGAAUUAUGGUCAAGAUACCUUUUCAUCUUUUCGAUUCCAAUUCCAGAGAAGAUGCCUCCUGUGUUCCAGGCAUCUCAUCAUAGUGUCAGUGCGUCUUAUGGUAUUGUCUGCAAGAUCAAACGUGGAUGCACACUCCAAAUUUGGGACCAUGCCAUAAGCUGGAGAGAAACAAAUCUCUAUUUGUCUUCCGUACUGUGCCCGUUGUCCCCAUUCACAAGAAACUCUCUUCUGGGCCUGAUGCGCAUGACAUCUGUCCUAACUUUGCAUCAUGCAGACACUAUUUUGCCUUGUGCCGACUUCUUUAAUCCAGGCUGGGAGGUUGAGAUCGGUACUUGUCAGGGCAAGAUCGAAAAUCGAGUAGCUUUCAGACGAAAAAUUGACCCGGUCGUGAAUGGUAUCACAAAUAUGGAGCGCUUCGCUCCAGUGAAGGAUAUCAAAACCAAGACACCCACUGUGACUAUGCUGUCUCAUGUCUGGUACGCUAAGGAUAUUAAGACUGCAUUGCUGGCUGCCGAUAUAAUUAUUAACGAAUGGGGGUUUAAAGACUAUAGACUCGAGAUAUAUGGUGCUCUCGACAAGGACCCACCAUACACCGCAAAUUGUCAAGAGAUCAUCACGACGAAGUCUUUGCGACAUCAAGUGUCGAUGAUGGGCGAAGCCAACCCAAUCCAUGUGCUUGAGCGGACAUGGGUGUUCUUGAACUCGUCGAUAUCCGAAGGCCUACCACUAGCACUUGGCGAGGCCGCACUUACUGGCGCACCAGUUGUCUGUACCGAUGUUGGAGCAUCACUUCGGGUUCUCACUGACCCCUCAGAUGGAUCAUGUUACAGUGCAGUUGUCGCUCCCAACGAUGCUCGUGCCUUGGCGCGCGCGCAAAUCAGUGUCCUUGCGCUCCUUGGAGAAUGGAAUCAAUAUUCCGACGCAACUGCUUGUUCCACAUCCACAACAGACUUUUCCUUCCCUGAAAGUCCAGCUCCAGAUGACAUAACACGAAUUACGAGACGGAUGUAUGAACAGAGCAACGCUCGCCGAAAGCUUGGCAUGCGUGCCAGAGAAAUCGUACAGAAAUCGUUCAGCGGAGAGAGAUAUCUAAGAGAGCAUGAACAAAUGCUUUGGAUUGGGAAGUCGAAGAGGGAUAUGUAUUUGCCGGUGAAUGAACGACCGUCGGCGAGGACAAUGAGCUCUGUCCCGGGGAUGAUUAUGAAUGUUGACAGCAAUGUUGCGCUUCUUAGAUCGAACGCGCGAAAGCCAAGUUUGCAGUUUACGGAACAGAGUACGAACACUUCGAGCUCUAUGCCAUCAUUAGCAUAUGAAGGCUCGAGUCUUAGACCAACUAGUAUUUUAACUGAUAGAGUGCCAAGUGGUUUUGGUCAAGUUGUAUUUGGUGAUGAAAAGUGGGUGAAGAAGCCGCAGGCGGCAGUCACGAGCGGGCUCAUUCCUGGGCAAUUGAGAAGAGAGUCUAGAAAGAUUGGCUCUGGGUCUGGAGAUUCUAUGGUGUAGUUGCUAGUUGCUAAGCAUUUUCGAGGAUGCGCUUGAUACGCGAAUUGCGCUGAAUGCGCUGAAUGCGCUGGUUGCGCUGCCAUCGUUGUAGCUUAGAUCUGCGCACGCACUUCUCAAGCAUUCUGAUUCAAAUGACUUGGUGGACAUUCGUUUUGAUUGAGAAUGGUCACAAACCACGCAGAGAACCUACCACGCUAUGUUUUAACACACGCGAUUGAAGGCAAUGC